CUUAGUGGAAUUUGGAGUUGUCUUUUAAUUAUAGAAAAAAAGAUGUCAGAUUUUGGCUUUUCUUCGUCUUCAUCUUCGAGUUCUUCGAGUGGAAUGAAUGGCGCACAACGAGCUGAACUGAUGGAUCAAGUUAAAAGUCAGCUGUUAGUCGCAACAUUACAAGAAUUACUUUCGAAAAUGUCAGAAAAAUGCUUCAAAAAGUGCAUUUACAAACCAGGAACAAAGCUUGAUAACUCUGAACAAAAAUGUAUAUCUUCAUGUAUGGAUCGUUACAUGGAUGCUUGGAAUAUUGUGUCGAAAACCUACCAGGAUAGAUUAAGGAAGGAACAUUCCCUUGCAGGAAAUUUUAAUUAAAAAAAAAACUUUCCUGGCCUUCUUUACUUGUGCUGAUUUACCUUCAAUUGUUAGUUUUCACCAAACUCAUGAGAUAAAAUAUUGCAUCAACUAAGGCUUUAUUCAUAUUCAAAUUUAAUUAGUCAUCAUUUAACUUUUUUUUUGAAGCAUUGCUUACUCAGACUUUGGAAAAACUGAAGACAAAUUUUAAGGGGGAGAUAGUUAAUUUUGGUGUUGCUAGUUUAUACACAAAUUUAUAAAUUGUUAUACAAGCUAAAACCAUGUUGGAAUCAAACCAACAGUAUUACAAGAGAUGGUGAAAAUCCCAAACUGUGUCCUCCCUCUCUCUCCCUAGGAUGUAUACUGCCACUUUAAAAAUACAUCAGACUUCAUCCGGGCUUAAUAGGCCAUCGAGUAUAGAUAAUGCUUAUUUAAAGUGCCACAGGUGUUUACCUCAAAGUAGUUGAGCAAAAAUUUUUCUCCAUUCAGCCUUACAUGAAGCUUGCAAAGACAACACCCAUUUCUUAUAGUGUUAGCCUCCUGUAAGAUUUUUGGUCUUGUCUCAGAAUCCUAGACCAAGUGAAGAGCUAACAGAAUGUCUGUAUGAAAAACUAUGUCAUUCUGCCAAGAUGUCAGAUUCUGUUCUGCAAACUUGAUUGAAAUUUUUCAAGGAUCACUACUAACACACACUGUGUCAAUGUUUCAGUAACCAUAACUCUCUUCAAGUUCUGUGUUCCUAAGAUACUUGCAUUAGCCAGCUGGGAUGGCACAAAUUUUGAUGAGAUUAAGAUGUGUUAAUGAUGUUUAUCUUGUAGUAAUUUACAAUGAAAACCAGUAACAUUGAAAUGUUCCUUCACCAAGCUUGAACCUUCAAGGGUUUUAAACUAAGGUUUUUUGCAUAAGAGGAGCUAAUUAUUUAGGUAACUAAUGAAUUUCAAAUGUAUGGUAAAAGUGUCAAUUAAAGAGGAGAUCAACGAUCAUACGUAA